AUGAAAAAUCAAACUUCCAUUUGCUCAGCAUCACACAGUUGGAAGAAGAAACGUUGGUCACUCCAAGGGACAAAUGCCCUUGUUACUGGUGGUACCAAAGGAAUUGGACAUGCAAUUGUAGAAGAACUAGCAAGACUAGGAAGUGGUGUUCAUACGUGUGCUCGUAACCAAGAUGAACUUGAUGGAUGUUUGCUUGAUUGGAAAACUAAGGGUUUUAUAGUGAGUGGUUCAAUUUGCGACUGUACUUCUCGCCCCCAAAGAGAUAGCUUAAUGAAGACCGUCGAUUCUAUCUUUCAUGGAAGAUUGGAUAUACUUGUAAAUAAUAUUGGUGGUUCGACCUACAAAGAUACGUAUGAUUACACAGAGGAUGAUUUCACACAUGUAAUGUCGUACUGCUUUGAGUCAGCUUACCAUCUUUCUCAACUUGCGUAUCCAAUGUUAAAGAAGUCAGAAGCAGGCAACAUCAUUUUUAUUUCAUCAAUUGCAAGUUUCCUUGCUGUUAAUGCUGGUUCCAUUUAUGGAUCCGCUAAAGGGGCAAUGAAUCAACUAGCCAAAAUUCUAGCAUGUGAAUGGGCUAAAGACAAUAUUAGGAGUAAUGUUGUUGCUCCGGGUUUCAUCAAGACUCCAUUGGCUGAAGAGUAUUUUACAAACAAGAAGUUCGUUGAGAGUAUCGAAGCUCGAACAGCACUUGGACGUGUAGGAGAAUCCAAAGAGGUGUCAUCAAUGGUGGCAUUUCUUUGUAUGCCAGCAUCUUCUUAUAUAACUGGCCAAACUAUUUUUGUUGAUGGAGGAAUGAGUGUUUAUGGUUUCUUACCAAGUUUUUCUACACAGAAAAAUGCACUAUAUGCUGCUGGCCUCCCUAAAACCGCAGCAUAUAGUGCAAGACUAUAUGUUGUGAGUAGCGAUGGCAACGAGUCGGAUCUGGACCGGGUCAAGGUGGACCCGGAUCCAGAUCCGUUUUCAGGAAUAGGAUCCAGAUCCGGAUCCGCAGGUCUUUCUCUGGAAGGUGCUUAUCAAAUCUAA